AUGACCACCUCCUGCUGCUCCCCUUGCUGCCAGCCCACCUGCUGCAGAACCACCUGCUGCAGGACCAGCUUCCAACCAAGCUGUGUGACCAGCAGCUUCCGCACUCCCUGCUGCCAGCCCUGCUGCUGUGAGCCCAGCUGCUCCCAGUCCAAGUGCUGUAUCUCCAGCUGCUGCCAACCCUGCUGCCAGCCCAGAUGCUGUGUGUCCAGCUGCUGCCAGCCCUGCUGCCAGCCCAGCUGCUGCAGAACCACCUGCUGCAGAACCACCUGCUGGAAGCCAACCUGUGUGACCAGCUGCUGCCAGCCCUGCUGCAUCCCCAGCUGCUGUAGCGCACCCUGCUGCAUCCCCAGCUGCUGCCAGCCUUGCUGUCAAACCACCUGCUGCAGGACAAGCUUCCAACCAAGCUGUGUGACCAGCAGCUUCUGCACUCCCUGCUGCCAGCCCAGCUGCUGUGAGCCCAGCUGCUGCCAGCCCAGCUGCUGCCAGCCCUGCUGUCUCCCAAACUGCUGUGAAACCACCUGCUGCAAGACCACCUGUUGUAAACCAAUAUGUGAGUCCAGCUUCUGCUGCUGCCCAACUUGCUGCAAAACCACCUGCUGCAAGACCAUUUGCUGUAAACCAACCUGCACCUCUCUCACCAUU